GCGGGUUUUUCUCCGGAAUUAGCUUUUGCAGCCACCGAUUCCUGCGUUGCGCGUGCUGUGUCUCAGACUAGAGAUAUAGCGCGUAAAGACCACUACAUUACUGACAAGACCCAUACACUCUACAAGCCGGCGCGUUGCCGCGUUUUUUUUCUCACAAAUUCCCUCUGCUUCAAUGCAUCUUGACCAGUGCGGGCCGCGCCUCGCCAGGCCGCCCGCGGCGCCGCGAUAAGCCCUCGCCGCAACGCGACAGCGCCCGCGGACCGCGAGCGCCGCCGCAGCGGUCGCUCGGUCGCGCUCGCCGCUCGCGCCGCGGUCUCGACCUGUUCACGGCUAACCUCCGCGCAGGAAGGAUGGCGCUUUACAACACGGUGCCCGCCGAGGAGUCGACGCUCCUCGCGCCGAAGAAAAACAACAAGAUCAAGGGCCUCGUCGCCGUCGCCGCUAUCGCCGCGUUCGCGCUCGGGGCUGUCGCCGCGACGGCGACGCAGAUGACGCCCGCCAAGGAGGUCGUCAACCUCUCGAAAGGAGGCACGUGCAACUGCGACGGCGGGGCGGCUCCUAAUUACAAGGACCUCAGAACGUGCCUCGACGGCUGCGCCGGCUACGCGACGGUGAAGCUCGGGUCGGGCGAUUUCGCCUUAGGCCCCCCGCAGUACGCGGUCCCCAGCGGCAUGUCCAUCGUCGGGUCGGGCGUGGCUAACACCGUCAUCACGGCCUACGGUCCUGUCAAUGAAGAGACAAACUGUUUGAGCAUGGACAAGUCGAAGAAGAUCGGGUUCAUCCUCGGCGACAACACUAACUUCCAGGACUUCACGUACGUCUCGUUGGACAAUAACCGGCUUGUUAUGGACGCUUCGACGACGGGGCUCUGCGGCGGUGCCGUAUUCGAGGCGCCGGGCUGCACGGCGUCGGAUUGCGGCGAAGGCGGACAUGGUAACGACUACGUCCUCAGCGCCGAUAAGACGAAGUCUAUCUCGAACGCGCAGAUAUCUAAUAUCUUCAUUACCGGUAAAAACAGCAAGGACGACAAGUCCCCGUGCUGGUGGGACGACUGGGGAAAUGAUGAUUGCUACUCGGCGCCGCAGUCCGCGCUCUUCAUCCCGACCCUCCGUUCCUUAACUACUACUAUGGCUACUUUGAGGAUACCGGGAAUAACGGAGACCCGAAUGAUUACAAGCUCGUUCUCAAUCUCCGGCAGUGGGGGCCGGACGGCCAACUGACCGACUUGAGGUAUGACGAGAAGGAGUUCUACCCCGUGACGGAAGACGGUGAUCCUCGCGUGUGGUAGACACUCCAACAACAAGCUCUGCAGCGGAUCCCCUUUUGUCCUAUCCCGGACUGCAACGCUGCCCUAAGUAUAUAGAAACG